AUGCGAAGCGAGUAUCAGCUGACAGAUUCAGCCAAAUACUUCCUCGACUCCUGCGCCCGGGUUAGCGAACCAGGCUACAGGCCAUCCGAGCAGGACAUUCUCUAUUCCCGAGUUGCAACUACCGGUGUUGUCGAAGUGAAGUUCAAAAUCAAAGAACUGGAUUUCAGAGUGUUCGACGUUGGUGGCCAACGUUCAGAGAGACGAAAAUGGAUUCAUUGCUUCGACAAUGUGGAGUCAAUCAUAUUUAUUACGGCUAUUAGCGAAUACGAUCAAGUGCUAUUCGAAGAUGAAACGACGAAUCGUAUGAUAGAAUCGAUGCAGCUGUUCAAUUCGAUUUGCAAUAGCACGUGGUUUCUUUCGACAGCUAAUGAUUCUCUUUUUGAACAAAAAGGAUCUCUUCAUGGAGAAAAUCAAAAGGGUCAACAUCACCACUGCAUUUCCUGA